AUGUCCAUUCGAAGGCGGCGUUGGUGGUCGUGUUCCAGCCGGAGAAAGCCGAAGAGUGUGUGUUCCGGUGGUGGCGAAGAUGAGCAGCCGGAGAGGCCCGCCGAAGCACCAAAACAAGUAUGCCUGGAAGCCCAACGCUGGUGUCAAGAUCAACGAAACUGAAGUAGGAGGGAGGUUCAGGCCAUACUCGGACAUAACCGGAGUGUGUCCCCGUUGUAAAGAACAGAUCGAUUGGAAGCGCAAGUAUGGCAAAUACAAGUCGCUCACUGAGCCUGCUAAAUGUCAGAGAUGUUCUAAACGAGCCGUUCGUCAGGCUUACCACAAUCUCUGUACCGCUUGUGCUAAGGAGCAAAAUGUAUGUGCCAAGUGUUCCUGCCGGGUGGAUCGCAUUAUUGGAAGUGACGGGUCUGAAGUGGAGGCUGAGCAGAAGAUGCUCGAGGAGGCCAUCAAGAAUGCUCGGGAGAGAGAUAGGAGGACUCUUAUGCGGGCUAUGAACAAAGGAAAAUCUUGUAGUUCGUCUUCUGCAAAAUGCCCGACUGACAAUGGUACCAAGGCAGGGGAAUUAUUCACAGCUGAAUCACUUGAGGAGUAUGCAGACUUGAGCAAAGAUGAUGGGGACAAUGAUACGAGUGAGGAUGAGGACCAGGUCCUUGGCUGAGAAAGGAAGUGAAGGCGUAUUUAAAGCAGCUUCGAAUUUGCAGUUGUACUGCCAACGAGCAUCAUGAAUUGCUGAAGAUAACAGAUUACAGACAGUAGUGUUUUUGGUUUUUCUUAUGAGAUAAUUAUCAAGUAUUUUGCACUUAAAAACAAAAAGAAAAGAGGUUGCGCUCUAGUUUCAUAUUGUAUUCCAAAAAUAGUUAAUUUUUUUCCUUUUUUUUUUUUUUUUAUCUGAAUGUAAUAUUAAUGCUUUUUUAUUUGGAUUUAUUUGUUUUGUCUGUCAUAGACAGUUGUUCCCUUUUUAA